AAAGGCUUUUAAAGAAGCUAUCACUACAGAUUACAGUAUAGUAUCGAGCAGAGUUUGGUUAGGGCAACAAUACCGAACUCGGAGCGUUCCAACGAAAAAAAUGGGCCACAAGAAAGGAGUAUUCUCUGCAGUCUUGCUGCUACCACUGCUGUUCAACCUUGGAGACGGCGCACCGGAUCUUGGGCUCGGUGCCUUCGACUUCGACUAUAUUUCCAACCUCAAUCCCAACAUUGUGUCGGCUUCCAAUGAUCUCAUCAACAUCGCGAAUGCCGAAUUGCAAGGAGCCGUCGGAGGCUACGUGAUUCCCAAAUACCAAGGAAUAACCAAUUUGACAUUUUCCGGCGAGGCAUUAGUGUCCCUGGUUGGCAACAUUACCGGACCCAUCAACAAUGUGAUACGAAAUAUCUCCUACAUCGGCGAUAAUAACCCAACGGCACCGUCCUGCAUGUUCGCCAGUCUUAAUGGAACCUUGGACAAAGCAUAUUCGUUCAUUGACCAGGCUAAUUCAACUCUCGUCAAAACCAUUAUAACGUCGACCUCCACCACGACCGGAAAAUCUCUGAUCUCUUUAGUGAGCCUGGUACAAAGUUCGCUCCAGACGAUUAAUGAUCAGCUGGAUGCCUUAUAUGUAGCAAUUCAAGCGGUGGUAGCGUCAGGAGCCAACACAAAGGAAACCAUAGAACCGUUCCUCCCCGUAGGAGUUCGAAUUCAGUUGGCCGGCGCUAUAUCCAUGCUGAUGUCUGCGGAGCGUAAUCUCAAUACGUUAAUCCGCACGAUCCGUUCGAACUUUGAACAGGCCAACAAUAUCCUAAACAGCUACACCACGGACAUGCAGAAUGCCCAAAUUUCGAUCAACAACACGCAGCGUGAUUACUAUAACCAAGUCGCCAGUCGCAUCUCGGCCUACCAGAGUAAAGUCACGAGCGACACCAGCUCUGUCACAACGGACAUUACUAACAUUAUUCCAAAUUUGAAUCCGUUUGUCCAAAGCACUAUCACGGACAUGCGUACCGCUGGCCGGGCACUACAGACCGCGUUGGGUGCAUACAGCAUUUCAUUACAAGGCUUUGCCAACACCUACAAGAGCGCGAUUGCCACCCAGAUUGCGCAAAUUUUCACCGGUGCUGAAUCGUUUGUGCAGGGCAAUGUCCAACUUCUGACCCCAAUAUUUGAUUCCAGUAGCUUUAAGCUUGCGGCCACUAUGUCCAACGGAAGUUCGUAUGCCUCUAACUGUAACGGCCGCUACGGAAGCAAUAUUCUCAACUUGGACAACAACAUGCGCGACCAGCUGAACCGCUGCUUCAACGAUUACGGCAACACCGGUUACACCGACUCAUUCAUCAGCGAGUACAACAACGUGAUCCGCGAGCAGACACGUUUUGUGAUGACGCGAGUUAAUUUCUGUUUCAGUCUUGGCUCGACCAGCUCAGACGCCAUUCGCAGGGCUGGAAUCACAAAGUGUUUCACGCAGACUGUACAGCUCAUAACUACUAUUACAAAGGAUGUCGAAGUAGCGUCAACAUUGGUGGUGGCUGCCAUCAACCUCGAGAGUUUGGCGACAGUACAGCGCAUCGAGAGCUGCGGCGCCAUCAUGAACCACGGCUUGGUGGCAGCCGCCACUAGCCUCGAUGCAUUGUUGGCUGCGUGCCAGUCCACAAACCAGUAAACAGCAUAAUUUUAGCUAUACUUCGAUUGUUCACCGCUAGCUUGUAUCACAAAUAAAUGAUCGCUUCGGUAAACCAACACUGGAAUGGCAUCAUUGCGGCUAAUUUGCGAAUCAUCCAUUGUUCUU